CUCUGGCGUGUCUCGCCUGUGGUAGUCGUUCACACCACAGGAAUCGGCGGAGGCUUGUGCCAUGGCGUCUCGGUAUGACCGGGCAAUCACUGUCUUCUCCCCAGACGGACACCUUUUCCAAGUGGAAUAUGCCCAGGAAGCGGUGAAGAAAGGAUCCACAGCGGUUGGAAUCCGAGGUACUGAUAUAGUUGUGCUUGGAGUAGAAAAGAAAUCUGUUGCCAAGCUUCAGGAUGAAAGAACUGUAAGGAAAAUUUGUGCCCUUGAUGACCACGUUUGCAUGGCCUUUGCAGGACUGACUGCUGAUGCUAGAGUAGUAAUAAACAGAGCCCGUGUGGAGUGCCAGAGUCAUAAGCUGACAGUCGAGGAUCCAGUCACUGUAGAAUAUAUAACUCGCUUCAUAGCAACCUUGAAGCAGAAAUACACACAAAGCAAUGGACGAAGACCUUUUGGUAUUUCUGCCUUAAUUGUAGGUUUUGAUGAUGGUGGUAUCCCAAGAUUGUAUCAGACUGAUCCCUCUGGUACUUACCAUGCUUGGAAGGCAAAUGCAAUAGGCCGAAGUGCUAAAACUGUCCGGGAAUUUCUAGAAAAGAAUUAUACAGAAGAUGCUAUAGCAAAUGCCAAUGAAGCUAUCAAAUUAGCAAUAAAAGCUUUGCUAGAAGUUGUCCAGUCUGGUGGAAAAAACAUUGAGCUUGCUAUAAUAAGAAGAAACCAGCCUUUGAAGAUGUUUAGUGCCAAAGAAAUUGAAUUACAAGUAACUGAAAUAGAAAAGGAAAAGGAGGAAGCAGAGAAGAAAAAGUCCAAGAAGGCUACCUAAUUCUUAGGAUGAACAUUAGAAGCCUUUAAUGUUUUGUCGUACUCCUUGGAAUUACUUAGUGAAGUUUUAAAGGAAAUAAGUUGUUUGCGGCAUUACCUUUAAUAGUUAUGUGCUGUUUUGAGAAUGCCACAUUUGGGCUCUCUUCAGUCUGUUACAUAGACAGACUUCUCUUAGUAUGAAGGUAUUCUUUGAAAAGAAGUGUCAGUAAUUGUUGAAAGUCAUAAUUCCACAUAAGCCUGAGACUGCACUUAAUAACUUGUUCAGUGUGUUACUUUUCUUCAUUUAUGCAAACUUAAGAAAAAAGUUUAAUUUUUAAAAAUUAAUAAUCUGUUGAUGUUUGAGUAUUGACAUUAGGUAAAGAUAUAGCUAUUCCAAAAUAAACCUAAUACCGAGUCAUGCUUCUGCAUGAAUGAUAAAAACAUCCUUAUGUUGGUGAAUUGCCAAAAUUUUGUCAGAGCCUUCUUCAUUUUUAAACAUUUUAUCAUAUUUAUUUUACCUUUGUCAUUUUAUAAGUUGCAGCACAUUAUUUUUUCACGAAAUGAAUAUUAAGGGCUAAUCUAAAUAGGCAGUUAAAAUAAAGUGUGGUAAGAGCUUGUAAGGGCAUCUGAAUGGGGUACUAUAUAUAGGAAAACAAGGAGAGAAAUGAAUACAUAUAAUUCUUAGUUUCAAUUUUUAUUUUAUCUUAGUGUCCCAUAUGUUAGGUUUGUUAUGUGUUCCAUCAGCUGAGUGCUUACUAUGUGCUUGGCAUUGGGCUAGGCUUAUUAGGAGUAAUAAAAAAAAUAAAAAGUGAUCCCUAUCCACAAAGGGCCCCCACAAAGAAUGUGCUUAUUCUUGUAAUGAGGUUAUAUUUUUGAAGACAGAGGAUAUUAAUCGGCAUAAAAACAAAAGCUUCUAUAUCUUAGUAUUUUAGAGCUUUC